UUGCGCGAGCUCUCCCUCUCUGUGUCUUUCUCGCCUUGCAGGGAGGGCCAAGAUGAGAGGAAUUUAAAACUUGUUUUCCAGUGCAAAGUUGGAGUCGGAGCGCGUGUUUGCGCCUCAGUCAUUUAAUUUCCUGAGGUGACUCGGGGACUUUCUUUUUCCAAGAUGAAAUCAACCCGGAUGUCUUAAGGCGGGUGUUGUGCCUCCUCCUUCCCUCUCGCCUGGACAUCCCAGAUUGACAGAGACAAGUCGAACCUGCAGCUUUCUCAGUGCAUCUUCCCUGCAAUCAGAUCCCGUCUCCCUCACUGCGUCUGUCCAUCUCUAUGUGAGCAGUAACACUCACUGAAUGAGCUUUUGCAUUAUUUGGAUUUGUUGAAUAAUUUCCAGUAUCCGUCAUGUCUCUAUGUAAAGGAAAAGUGAAGAAAAAACCUAACUUAAAGAUCUCUGAAGAUGUCUUCAAUCAGCCAGUUACAAGCCCAACACCACCCCGAGAUCUGGAUUCAAAAGCUUGCAUUACAAUUGGAGAUCAAAAUUUCGAGGUGGAAGCUGAUGAUUUGGUGCCUAUCAAUGAACUGGGUCGAGGAGCGUAUGGAGUAGUGGAGAAAGUGAGGCAUGCACCCAGUGGAACCAUAAUGGCUGUGAAGAGAAUCCGGGCAACUGUGAAUAGCCAGGAACAGAAGAGAUUGCUAAUGGAUCUCGAUAUUUCAAUGAGGACUGUUGACUGCUUUUACACCGUUACGUUCUACGGAGCCCUGUUUCGAGAGGGUGAUGUGUGGAUAUGUAUGGAGCUACUGGAUACCUCACUGGAUAAAUUUUACAAAAAAGUGAUCGAGAAAGGGAGAACAUUCCCAGAAGGCAUUUUGGGAAAAAUAGCUGUGUCUAUUGUCAAGGCAUUAGAGCAUCUGCAUAGCAAGCUGUCUGUGAUUCACAGAGAUGUAAAACCUUCCAAUGUUCUCAUCAACAAAGAAGGUCAUGUGAAAAUGUGUGACUUUGGCAUUAGUGGAUACUUAGUAGACUCGGUUGCCAAAACAAUGGAUGCAGGUUGCAAACCAUACAUGGCUCCUGAGAGGAUUAACCCAGAUCUGAACCAGAAGGGUUACAAUGUCAAGUCUGAUGUCUGGAGUUUAGGAAUCACAAUGAUUGAACUAGCAAUCCUACGGUUUCCGUACGAAUCCUGGGGAACUCCGUUCCAACAAUUAAAGCAAGUUGUUGAAGAGCCUUCCCCGCAGUUACCCGCAGACCGCUUCUCCAAGGAUUUUGUGGAUUUCACAGCACAGUGUUUAAAGAAAAACCCCAAAGAUCGAAUGAACUACAUUGAUCUCAUGGCGCAUUCCUUCUUCAAAAUCCAUGAUGCCAAGAAAACGGAUGUUGCCUCCUUUGUAAAAGAGGUUUUAGGAGAUGAUCCUAUCUGAUGUCUGAGGAACUUAUAAAUAAAAUUGAUAGCUUUUUUUGUUCUCACUUAUCCAAUGGGAUUUCUAUUUAAGAGUGAACCUAGUUACUUAAGAAAAGGCGGUUGAGUUUAUGGCUGUUUGUGUAAGGUGCUUUAUGCCAGUCAGAAAUCUCUGUGCUGCACUUAAAAGAUUCUGAGACGUGUUUGUUUUGUACCUUUUGUGAAAAAACUCAAACUGGCACCAGCUGUAAAAUCCAAACCCAGGAUUUCUGAGCCUAGAUGUCCAACCGUCAAUGGGAGCUGAGAACGGAAAGUCCUCUCCCAUUUGUAAACCUGGCCUGGAGAUAAGAACAUAUAAUCAUUGCACCCCAAUUAGUGCAGAAGGAGGGCAUUUGGCCCAUUGAGUGCAUAACAACCCUCCAAAGAGCGUCCCACCUGGACCCUUACCAUAUCAUGUAACUCCACAUUUACCUAUGGCUAACCCACCUAGCCUGUAUAUCCCUGGACACUCUGAGCAUUUUAGCAUGGCCA